AUGCACAGAGAUGCCUGGCUACCUCGCCCUGCCUUCAGUCUCACGGGGCUCAGUCUCUUUUUCUCUUUGGUGCCACCAGCGCGGAGCAUGGAGAUCACAGUACCUACCACCCUCAAUGUCCUCAAUGGCUCUGACGCCCGCCUGCCCUGCACCUUCAACUCCUGCUACACGGUGAACCACAAACAGUUUUCCCUGAACUGGACCUACCAGGAGUGCAGCAACUGCUCUGAGGAGAUGUUCCUCCAGUUCCGCAUGAAGAUCAUCAACCUGAAGCUGGAGCGUUUCCGAGACCGCGUGGAGUUCUCGGGGAACCCCAGCAAGUACGAUGUGUCGGUGACGCUGAGGAGCGUGCAGCUCGAGGACGAGGGCAUCUACAACUGCUAUAUCAUGAACCCGCCCGACCGCCACCGGGGCCACGGCAGGAUCUACCUGCAGGUCCUCAUGGAAGAGCCCCCUGAGCGGGACUCCACGGUGGCCGUGAUCGUGGGCGCCUCCGUGGGCGGCUUCCUGGCGGUGGUCAUCUUGGUGCUGAUGGUGGUAAAGUGCGUGAGGAGGAAAAAAGAGCAGAAACUGAGCACGGAUGACCUGAAGACAGAGGAGGAGGGCAAGACAGACGGAGAGGGCAAUGCGGACGACGGCACCAAGUAA